AUGGCAACUGAAACAUCCAUCGUUGCCCAUGGCGGUGGGGGCAUGGGUAGGAUACCAACACCAACAGCGAUGGGUUUCUUGAGACGGUCAAUGCUGUUUAUUUCCUUGAUAUUGCUAUGGCAGGUACCUUUCAUCUCGAGCAGUAGCAACCAUGCUACCACACUGUUGGUACAGAGUCGAGGAGUGGAGGCAAAUUCUUCAUCUGGUGGUGGUGUGGUUUUGAUUGACGAAAAUGGCCAAGUGCUAAAUCAAGCCGACGCCGUUCGCGGCUGUAACUACACGGAUGAAAUCAUCAUUGGCCAUGCCACUUCCACAGGAGUGCAAGACCGCUUCUACGACAUUUCCAUUCAAAUGUUGGAGUCGGCCAUUAUGACGAUCGACCAUAUCAACCGUUAUCCCCGAUGCGGAGUCCACUUAUCCAGUGGAAACUACUCGCUGAGGCUUUUGACUUAUUCCGACGACUCGGAUCCGGUGAAAGUACAGGCCAUUAGUCGGUAUAUGGCAAGGUCCAAUGCUGCUCACCUGUGGACAGCUGGAUUCUCGUCAACGCUGACACAACACACUGCACCCAUAGCACAAGAAUCCGACAAUCUGCUGAUCGCUGCAGGAGCUUCGCAAACUUCCGUUUAUGCCAAUAGACCAAAUGUCUUUGGGACCUUUCCGCCUGGAGAUAAUCAGUUCCAUUGGGCCUUUUAUGCUACAAGAAUACGAGGAGCUCAAACGGUGGCAACUCUGCAAGAAGAUGGCGCCACACUGUGCGACGGGAUACCCAACUUUUCUCAACGCUUCAACAUGCGAUAUGUAGGCAGCAUUACUCUCCCAUCCAACUCCUCAUCGUCGCAUUUUGUCCAGGCGGCGGAAAAUAUGGCCGAGCUCAACCCGGAUGUUGUCAUUACUUGCGUCCUGCAACCCAACACUUGCGCAGAUUGGAUUUCUGCCAUGAGAACUGUCAAAUGGCAACCCAAGGCACAAAUAUUCUCAGCAUGUAUUGGGUCUUCCACUCUGGAAGCCAUUUCAAAAACAGAUCUUAAUUACAUGAUGGGAGUUACCUUGUGGGACAAGGCGCUGAAACCCAUACCAGAUGCCAUUACUAGAUGGACCCCUGCCCAAUUCGCCAAAUUGAUUGAACAGGCAGCCUUUCGCAAUUCUUCCUAUCACCCUCCCUCACAAAGUGCUGCAAUAAGCAUCAUGGUUCAGGCCAUGGAACGGGCCGAUUCGUUUCAAGACAAAGAGCGAAUCCGACAAAUAUUGACACGUGACACCUUUACUACCGUGUUUGGUGACGUAUCUUUCGAUAACAAUGGUCAGGGCAAGGUACCCUCCUUGUUGUUGCAGUACGAUGGUGCACAAAAUCUUCAUGUAAUCUACCCUCGUGAAAGAGCGUCGCCGAAUUCACCUUUUGGCAUCGUCUAUCCGAUGCCAACAUGGGAACAACGGGAUUGUCUUCUGCUGUCGCCUUGCCAAAGGCUUUACAAUGGGACUUGUCAACCCGACGGGGCCUGUGUUUGUCCAGAGCCCCUCACUUCGCUUCCUACCAAGGGGACCAACGCCACGUGCAAGGAGAAGAUUCCCAUUGAAGAUAUGGGAUUCAUAAACUCGGGAAUCGUUCGGGUGGGCUAUUCCAUGGUGGCCAUUCAGGCUGGUUUGUCGCUAUUCUUCUUGGGGUGGACAUGGAAACAUAGAAAUCAAAGCGGUGUUGUGCGAUUAUCGCAACCCAUCUUUCUGGGUGUCAUUGCCGUAGGGGCGCUGGUCAUGGCAAUGGCCAUCAUCCCCAUGGCAACCGAAACAGGGUAUCGGUGGCAAAUCGAAGCCGGCAAUCC